AUGGGCAAAAAGAGACGCGGACCCACGUUAGAAGAAGUAUUGGCUCGUCCGUGGUGCUACUACUGCGAGCGCGACUUCGAUGACCUCAAGAUCCUUAUCUCCCACCAAAAAGCCAAGCACUUCAAGUGCGAGCGAUGUGGGCGCAGACUGAACACCGCCGGAGGCUUGUCCGUGCACAUGAGCCAGGUACAUAAGGAGCAGCUGUCGGCGGUCGACAAUGCUCUCCCCAACCGAUCCAGUCUCGACGUCGAGAUCUUCGGGAUGGAGGGUGUUCCCGAGGAUAUCAUCCAGGCGCACAACCAGCGGGUAGCGACACAGUUCCAGCAGGCAGAGGCCGAACGGCAGGCCGUGACGGGCAAUCCGCCUCCCGGGACGACGGCGACGGGUGGACAGCCGGCGAAGAAGCCCAAGCUGGAGAGCGUUUCGGACCUCAAGAAACGUCUGGCGGAACACAAGGCGAAGAUGGCGGAAGCGCGUGCGGGCGGCAGCAGUGGCGAGGCUACGCCUGUGGGAGCCGGUCAGACACCAACUAUGGGUGGAUACGCCGCAACGUCCACUGCACCGCCGCCUGCGACUACUCCCUCUCAAUUCUCGUACCCUCAGCCCUACGGCGCCGCCGCCGCCGCUUCUCCCUUCCAGCAACCCCCUCAACAAACGGCCAGUCCCGUGUAUCCGACCUUCUCGCCCGGUGGCCAGGCGAAUGCGCAGUAUGCUGCUCCUCCCACGACCUUCUCUCCGCAGCCGUUCCCGACUGGAGUUCCCGGCCAACCGCCGUACGGUGCCACACCUCCGACAUACCCGACGCAACAGUCCCCUCCCCAAACACACACUCCUCCGCAGCCCGGGGGCGCAUUCCCACCCCGUCCUGUCGGAUUGCCCGCUGCGCCUGGUCUCCCUCAGCGUCCGGCCGUGGGGGCACCGCAGGUCAACGCCUACCAAAUGCAACAGAUGCACAUGGGCCACACGGUCCCUCCGACGACCACCAUGAACGGCGCCGACAAGGCUCCCGGAGCGGCGGCGGAAAGCACCGGGUUCUCCGGCUCCGUGGACGAUUUGAUCUCCGGGGCGGCGAAGCAAGCCGAAGCGGCGACGGCGACGGCGACGGCGACACCACCGACGAUGACCACGACGACCACGACUGGCGGCAAACCGGCCGAGGGCGAGGACCAAAAGCCCAAGAAGGACAAGUCCAAGGCGCGAUUGGUGUAUUCGGAUAAUGAGACCAGCCCGGAGGAGAAGAUGGCUAGGUUGUCAAGGUACGCAUAUGUUCCUGACCAGCGAGGGGAGACGGUACUUGAAGAGCUUCCAUCCGCCGUGGUGGUGGGGGCGAUCCGGGAGUCGGACACGGUGGUGGAUGCGACGGAUUAG